CACCUCUUUACAAAGCCAUUAGAUUCAAAAGCAAGAUUAUAGCCAGCAUUAGGGUAGCAAAAUACAUGCCUAGAGCUGAGUAGCAACCAGCGGCGCGGAUUAACCCAAGUCCCUACUCCCGUCCUCUUGUCUCUAGACCCGCUAAAAUUUCCAAAGCUCCUUGUCGACUUUGCACCUUUCCAGGAUAUUUUUUUGUCGGGCGCUUAAUUGCGUCGCAACACGGUGAAAUUUUCGGAACGCGCUUGGAUAAAUUUGCAAAAAGCGGUGCAUAGUCCGAAUACGUCUUCGUGCAGCUCCCAAUGGGCGACUCCGACGAUUUCGUGCGCCUUCACAUCACGCCGUUUGACGCCGAACUGGUCAAGGUUGUGCUUCCUGCCUCAGUGCUCCCGGUCGCUCGUAACAUCUCCUACCACACGAUUGAAACAUUCCCGGAGAAGCGAUACGGAUUUGUCGAACUUCCCGAAGCGGAUGCGGAAAAGUUGAAAAAGAAGCUGAACGGAGCGACGCUGAAGGGGUGCAAGAUGCGGAUUGAGAAGGCCCGCCCUGAGGCGCGGAUAGAGCCGACCGGGGAAGAAGAGCAAGUCCCUGAGAAGAAAAGGAAAUCUUCUAAAGAAGGCAAAGAUGGUUCGAAGAAACGAAAGCGAGAGAUAGAUGUUUUGGAGGGCGUCGCGCUGCAUGACCGCCAGGUAAAGCGAGGAUGGACCGAGACACCGACAACGACCAAGAAGAAGGCAAGGAAGGACAAGGACAGCAAAGAUAAAGAGAAAAGUAAAGAGAAAGAGAAGAGAAAGCGACCAAAGUCCAAAUACACAGAGGGAGAGGAGUGCCUGCUGAAGACAAAGCUGCCGCCGAACACGAUGAAGAAUUUGGCUCCCGGAGAGUUGGAGCAUAAGAAGAGGAGCAAGAAGAAGGGUAGUUCACGAGAGGUCGUCAUCCAUGAGUUUGAGAAAACUACAAAAUUUCCCAGUUUUCUCAAAGCCUCUGUGGCAACGGACCGGAAAAAGGCUACUGAGUAUGUGGAAGGAAAGGGAUGGGUUGACGAAGAGGGUAACGUCGUGGAGGAGGUAAAGGAGAAGGAGAAACCAAAGGCACCGCAGCGGCAAAAGAAAGCUCCCAAACCCAAGCCAGAGCCCGAAGAGUCGGAAGAUGAUAGCACCAGCAGCAGUGGUACUUCAUCAGAAGGCACAUCAUCGGAAAACGAUUCUGAGGAAGAGUCUGAAGAAGAGUCUGGAAAGGAGGUAAAAGCUGGGGCAAAAGUGCAAGCUGAAGCAACUCCUAAAGUGACUCCCCCUGUUGCAAGCAAGGUUGACGGCGAGGAGAAGGACGAUGACAGCGAUACUUCAAGCGAUGAUUCAAGUGACGACUCAAGCGAGAGCGAAGACUCAGAUGAAGAGGAAGAGCAACCCUCAAAAGCAGCAGAGAAGGAAACACCCAAAUCUUCAUCAAAAGCCAGCGGAUCUAAAUCCGCCCCGGGAAGCACCAAGCCCUUGGCGAUUAAAAUUCCACCUCCCGAGACACCAACAAAUGUCGAGGUACAUCCCCUAGAGGCUCUGUAUAAGCGACCGAAACCCGACGGCAAUGGGCCCACAUCCGUUCCCAAAGACGAGCCCUUUAGUUUCUUCGGAGGCGGAGAGGAAGAUGAGGAAGAGCAGUCCUCCGAAGCCGCACCAGCCACCGCGCCCAUGACGCCUUUUACCCGCCAGGACUUUGAAUGGCGCCACACUCGAAGUGCUGCCCCAACUCCAGAUACGGCCCAUCCGUCACGUAUGCGCUUUUGGGGCGCUUCCCCUGAGAAAGACGUAGACAUGGGAGAAGGAGAUGCAGCUGAUGAACAGGAGGAGGAGGAAGAGGAGGAGGGAGAGGAAGAAGGCUACGGAGAAGGUGAAGAUGAUGAAAGCCCUGCAGGGGGAAAACAUUCUGCCACAACCGAUUUCCAGAAAUGGUUCUGGGAGAACAGAAGGGAUUUGAAUAAGUCGUGGAUGACUCGCAGGAAGACGGCGGCGAAGGAGAAAAGACAUCGGGAGAAUAAAGCAAGGGCGUCAAAGGCGGUGUAAAGCGCAAUUUUUCUCAUCAUACUGGCAUGAUACGGAGUACACCUAGUUAGUUUCGGUUUCAUUCAUAAAUUUCUGGUACAAACAAACUUUGAUGUAGUGUCUACUAGGAUAUAUUUGGUGACACCGUAUUCGUUUAUCUAAAUUUUGGCAAAGAUAUGUAACAUAGCCUCUUUCUUGAGAACGGAAGACAAAAGAGAAUAGAAGAAUAGAC